AUGGGAAUUGAAAGACUAGAAGAAGAAACUUUACAAGUCAAAAGAUGUAUCCACUUUUGUAAAAAAAACUGUGGGGUCUGCCAGUUUAAUGAAAUAAACUGUUGUUGGAAGUACAGAGAACUGUUCCAUCUCCCUGCCACAGAUCCUUUUGAUGUUAUAGCAAUUGUUACGGUGGGAGGAUUCAAGAAAUACAAUUCAAAGAAACAGCAUUUGCAUCUAGUGAUUGAUUUCACCACUUGGUAUUUAUGGACAUUAAGCUCCAGAACUCAAACUGUCAAGGACUUCAUGUACUUAAUAAACGGUAUCAUACAAAUACAAAGACCAAAAAUGAUAUUGGCAGACAGCUAUGAUGAAAGUUUAUGGAGACGAUUAGAUCUGGGAAGAAAACAUUUAGAACCAGGUGUAUUAGGAAGAGUAAUUGAUAGAGGAGUAAUUGUAUUAAGGCUAGCUAUGUCAGAAAUACUUACUCCUAUUUUUGCUGAUUUAUUAGUUGUGAAAAACAGAGAAAGAUGUAGCAAAUUACAGUAUUUGGAUCUGAGUAUGGCAUCAAUAAAUUCAGAAGGAUUGCAAGAAGUGCUUUCAGUUUGUUCGCAGUUGAAAAAUGUUAGUUUGGAACAUUGCCAAAUCAAUACUGAAGUUUGCUUUCAGUUAGCAGAAAAUAUAGACUUAAAAGUAUUGAAUAUGACCAUGUGUGAAGGCAUAACAAAUGAAGGUAUAAGCAGAAUUCUACAGAAGUGUCGGAAAUUGGAAUCAUGGAAUCUCUCAUGGACCAAUUUGUCAUCAGAAUGCUUGCAAUCUAUAGUACAGAAUGUCAGUCCUUCUCUUAAGCAUUUUAAUCUUAGUGGAUGUCGAAACACAUUAACGGAUGAACAUGUUUCAAGUUUGGUUGAAAAUUGCCCUGAUAUUAUAGAUUUGGAUUUGAGUGAUGCAACACUAUUAACGGGUUUAACUAUCGAUUUCAUUAUUAAUGGUCUUCCAAAACUGCAACAUCUACAUUUGAGUAGAUGCUAUAAUAUUCCUUCAAUUAGUUAUUUAUCACUAAGCAAUAUUUCAUCUCUUCAACAAUUUGUUUGUUUUGGAAUUUUGACUGAAACAGCACUUCAAACUCUGAGGGGUAAUCUUCCAAACAUAGAAAUUAAUAGACAUUUAUUUUCUUUUAUUGCCAGGCCAACUACUGGUAUAAGAAGAACUAGUAUUUGGCAUUUAAGAGUAAGAGACUAAAAACUAAUUGGAAAUUUCAUUAUCAUUCCAAACAGAUAUAAGUUUACAUUCUAAAAUUUUGUAAUUUAUCAUGUUUAAUGUUUCAAACCAUUAUCAUUAUUUUAAUUCUUUUUCCAAGUAAACAUUUAUAUUGAUGCAAGUAUGUUUUGUGAUUACAAAAAUUUCUAAUUGUUUGUUAAUCCAUAAUGUGUUCUAGCAUUAUAGGGAAAAAAGUAAUUUACAUUCAGAUACUAUGAAUUUUUUUCUUUUUUU